CGUGCGGAGCGGUUUGUGGUGCUGCGCGUCGCCGGAGGUCGUGGGGAGCGCAGCCGGGCCGCCGCGGCCCUCGCUGGGGUCACAGCGCUAGUUGUUGGGUCCCCCCUGCCCCGGCCGGCGGCCCAAAGAGUUGAAGAAGGGGGCCGGGGGGGACCCGCCCCCAGGCCGGCCGAAGUCAUGAGCUCCAACGUGGAGAACCUGCCGCCGCACAUCAUCCGCCUGGUGUACAAGGAGGUGUCCACGCUCACCGCCGACCCACCCGACGGCAUCAAGGUCUUCCCCAACGAGGAGGACCUCACCGACCUGCAGGUCACCAUCGAGGGCCCCGAAGGGACCCCCUAUGCUGGAGGUUUAUUCCGCAUGAAACUUUUACUGGGCAAGGACUUCCCUGCCUCACCACCUAAGGGCUACUUCCUUACUAAGAUCUUCCAUCCAAAUGUGGGAGCCAAUGGUGAGAUCUGUGUCAAUGUUCUCAAGAGGGACUGGACAGCUGAGCUGGGCAUCCGACAUGUGCUGCUGACCAUCAAGUGCCUGCUGAUCCACCCUAACCCAGAGUCAGCGCUCAAUGAGGAAGCAGGCCGUCUGCUCUUAGAGAACUACGAGGAAUAUGCUGCCCGUGCCCGUUUGCUCACAGAGAUCCAUGGGGGUGCCGGCCCCAGUAGCGGGAGAGCUGAGGCUGGUCAGGCCCAGUCCAGUGGUGCAGCAGCCUCCUCCACUGACCCCACGGCCCCUGGAGGUCUUGCAGGAGCUGAGGGUCCCAUGGCCAAGAAGCAUGCAGGCGAGCGUGACAAGAAGCUGGCGGCCAAGAAAAAGACGGAUAAGAAAAGAGCUCUGAGGCGGCUGUAGUGGGCUCUUCUUCCUCCCUCCUUUCCUUCCCUUCUCUCACUCUGUCUCUAAGUUAUUUAA